AUGUGGCAAUUUCUAAUUAUUAUCUCUAAUAAUUUUUAUCUCAGAAUAUUCUCUGAUUUUAAUCCUUUAAGAGUUUUGAGGCUUUUUUGUGAUAUAAUAGCUUUUUUACCUCAUAAUUUUAGAGUUUAUGGUUAUAAUGGCACAGGACAUAUGAAACCUUUUGAACAAGAGAUUCAGAAUUUUUGCUAUUACCAAGGGUAUAUUGAAGGGUAUCCAGAUUCCAUGGUGAUCCUCAGCACAUGUACUGGACUCAGGGGCUUACUACAGUUUGAAAAUGUAAGCUAUGGAAUUGAGCCCUUGGAGCCUUCAUUUGGUUUUGAACAUGUGAUUUAUCAAGUACAACAUAAGAAUGAUGGUGCUUCUUUAUACGCUGAGGAUAUUAAGCCAAGAGAAAUGCCCUAUAAAAUACAAAGCAUAGAGCCACGUACAGAGCUCUCUCAGUAUAUAGAAAUGCACGUUGUAGUUGAAAAAAAUUUGUAUCAUCAUAUGGGUUCUGAUACAGCUGUUGUCACUCAAAAAAUUUUCCAGUUAAUUAGUUUGACUAAUGCUAUUUUCACUUCAUUUAAUAUUGCAAUAAUUCUGUCUUCAUUGGAACUUUGGAUAGAUGAAAAUAAAAUUCCAGUAACUGGAGAUGCUAAUCAAUUAUUACACAGAUUUUUACGGUGGAAAAGAUCUUAUCUUGUUUUGCGUCCACAUGAUAUGGCAUUUUUACUUGUUUACAGAGAAAAAGCAAAUUAUAUUGGUGCAACUUUUCAAGGGAAGAUGUGCGACAGACAAUAUGGAGGAAGCGUUGCUCUGCACCCUAAAACCAUUAGUAUGGAAUCAUUUUCAGUUAUUAUAGCUCAAUUACUGAGCCUGAGUAUGGGGAUAGCUUAUGAUGACCUUGACAAAUGCCAGUGCCCAGGAGCUGUCUGCAUAAUGAACCCAGAAGCAAUUCAUUCCAGUGGUGUGAAGUUCUUUAGUAACUGCAGCAUGGAGGAUUUUGCACACUUUAUUUCAAAGCCAAAGGCCCAAUGUCUCCAGAAUCAUCCACAUUUGGAUCCAACAUACAAAGCUGCAGUCUGUGGUAAUAGCAUUGUGGAAGAAGGAGAAGAAUGUGAUUGUGGAACUCCAGAUUUUAAACAAAAAGGAGAGCUAUGCAGGCCUUCUAAUGAUGAAUGUGAUCUCCCUGAAUAUUGCAAUGGAUCAUCUAUGUCAUGUCAAGAUAACUUUUAUGUUCAGGAUGGUCAUCCGUGUGGAAAUUCAAAAUGGCUCUGUGUAAAUGGAAGAUGUAUGAGUAUAGACAGACAAUGCAAGGAUGCAUUUGGUGAAGAUAUAAGUGGGGCUCCUCCAGAGUGUUUUGAACACCUUAAUUCUAUGGCUGAUGAAUCUGGGAACUGUGGUACAAGUGGUUCAGGAUACAAGAAGUGUGAAUCUAAAGAUCUGCAGUGUGGAAAAUUAAUAUGUAAAUAUGAACAAGAAAAUAUAAUUUUUAUUACAAGUGCCACUAUAACUUAUACUAAUGUAAAUGGAAAAAUCUGUGUCUCAGUGGAGUAUCCACAAAGUAAUGAAAACACCGCAAAGAUGUGGGUAAAAGAUGGAACUGUUUGUGGUCAAAAUCAGGUGUGCAAGAAUAAGGAGUGUGGAAGUAAUUACUUGGCUUAUGACUGUACUCCACAAAAAUGCAACUCUCAAGGUGUAUGCAACAAUGCAAAGAACUGUCACUGUAACCAGGGCUAUUUACCUCCAGAUUGCAACACUGUGCAAGAUUCAUGGCCUGGAGGGAGUAUUAACAGUGGCAAUUUUCCAUCUGUAGGAUCCCGCAGUCCUGAAAGACUUUAUAUCGAGAAUGCUUACCCUUCCAGACCUACGAGAUGGCCAUUUUUCCUACUCAUUCCUUUUGCCAUUGUUCUCUCUGUAAUGAUUGCAACCCUGGUAAAAGUUUAUUUUCAAAGGAAAAAGUGGAAAACUGAGGAGUAUACAAGCGAUGAGGAAGUUGAAAGUGAGACUGAAAGCAGAGAGUAA